AGAACUGAGACAGAUGAAGGGACCACAUCAGCCAGGGUGGGAAACCUCUCAUGGAAACGUGUUUAUCACAUACCCCCACAGUGGUACUAAUCUACUGAGUGAGAAGGUACAGGCAAUUACUUUGUCGUCCAUAUACAGGCUGAGGAUCAUGCAGAAGAUUUGUCUCUGGAUAGAUUUUGGAAGAGCGGCUGUGAUACGUGGCUGUCAGCUCCAUGUGUGCUUCAUCACCACACAGAAAGUCUGACUUCUGGCACCAAGAGUUAGCUCCUGUUUCUAGUGAUUCCAGGCACAACCUCCUGGUUUCCAGUAGGGUCCUAAUCACACAACAUUUGCACUCAAGCUCCUCCGCAUGGUCAGAGGCAACAGAGAGGAUGUUACAGCUACUGUUGAAAUGGCUGAAGAUUGUCAGCUUCUUUGGCUGAAUAACAGAGAUGAUCCUUGCAAACCCUGUUUCAUCAAUAUUUGCUUUGUUCCCUCCUUUCUUUUGGUUGGCUCUAAUUUUUAUCGGGUCUGUAUAAUGUUUAACAUCUCUAAUUAAGCAGAAGAUGAUGGAGCAGUAUAAGUAACAGUGUGGGGAACAGCAUGGUCAGCUGAAUGCAACGGGGCUUCUGAUUUUAAUAAUUUGAAAAGAAGAUGAAGUGUCUCCUGUGCCUGUGUUUACUCCUUGCUGUUCUUUGUGCUGUAAUCCACUGCUGCCCUGAAGACAUUUGCCAUGAAGUCAACAAUACUAAUCUGCAGGAUGGAAGAGAAAAUUUAUUAACAUUUAGGUGUUACAAGAAAGGCUCUAACUAUGCAGAUUUUGUAUUUAGAUUUUACAAGGAGGCUGCAUCAAAAGAAGUUGAUAAAAAUAUUUUCUUUUCUCCCAUAAGCAUCUCCACUGCCUUUGCCAUGUUGGCUGUUGGUGCUAAAUCAACCACUCUGUCUGAGAUUCUUGAAGGCCUGGGCUUUGAUGACGUGACUGAGACUAGCGUACGUGAUGUACAUGAAAGUUUUCACAAAGUUUUGUCAGUACUGAACUGUCCUGUUGUUAAUUUCACAUUGAAUAUAAGGAAUGCCCUUUUUACAGCUAAUGGGUAUGAACCACACGACUCAUUUUUAAAAAAUGUCACAGAAUUUUAUGAUGUAGAUAUUUACUCUAUUGAUUUUCAUAAACCAGAAGAAGCUACAAAGAAAAUCAAUAAAUAUGUAGAGGAGAAAACCAAGGGGAAAAUUCCUGAAUUAGUUGGUCAACUUGAUCCAAGUACUGUACUGGUUCUUGUUAACUAUAUUUAUUUUAAAGCUGCCUGGGAAAAGUCUUUUGAUCCCUUGCGUACAUAUGAGGAUGAUUUUUUUGUGAACACAAAUGCAUCUGUUAGAGUCAAUAUGAUGCAGCGUGAUGGUACCUCAAACGCUUACUACGACCAGGAUCUCUCCUGCAUGGUGGUAGAGCUGCCUUACCAGGGAUUUGUACGAGCAUUGCUUAUUCUGCCUGGUGAUGGAAAGAUGAAGCAAGUGGAAGAUGCUCUCUCCAAGGAAACUGUUUGUAAAUGGCAGAGCAAACUUGUGACCAGGAGAUUAAAUCUGCAGUUACCAAAGUUUUCUAUUAGUGGGUCUUAUGAUGUUAAAACCGUGUUUGAGCAGAUGGGAAUUACUGAAUUGUUCUCAGGUAAUGCUGAUCUGUCUGGAAUUAGCAGCAAUCAUGAUCUCCAGGUUUCACAGGCAGUUCACAAGGCCUUGCUGGAAGUUGAUGAGGCUGGCAGUGAAGCUGCAGGAGGCACUGCCAUAAUCUCUACCAGAUUUUCCUCUUCUUCUGAAACCAUCAAAUUCAACAGGCCCUUCCUUAUUUUGAUCUCUGACAAACAAACCAGCACCGCAUUUUUCAUGGGGAAAAUUGUUGAUCCUACAAAGAAGUAAUCACUGUGUUAUUUGGCAUACUGAUAUUGGGUAUGGGUUAUAAUGGCUAGAGUGUUUGCAGUUUUGGGCUAGGUAGUGCUGCUAACUAGUCUCUGAUUGAGGGAUAUUCAGAAGUAAAUGAGAAAUUUCCUUAUUGAAUUAAUAAGAAAAUAUUAAUUAAAUUUAAUGAAUGAAUGAAUUAAUUAAUUAAACAUCGCCAUUAACUGCCACUUUUUAAAUGUAACAUGUUCCCCAGCUGAAUAAUUGUAUUGGGUUUGCACGGCAAGGUUUUGGUAGAGGGGGCCUGUGGGGGCCUAUGGGGGUGACUUCAAGCUGCCAAAAGUUUCCCCCAUAUCUGACAGAGUGACUGCCAGCCAGCUCCAAGAUGGAUCUGCUGCUGCUGAAGGCUGAGCCAGUCAGGAAUGACAGUAACACCUCUGUGGUAACAUAUUUGAGAAGGGAAUAAAGUUAUUUCGCAGAAGUAAUUGAGUUCAGAGGAGUGCAGAGUGAGAAA